AUGGCGCACAAAGCGAACCGUGAAUGUACCUUACAAGAUGUACAAGACAUCUGGAGGCCAUGCACUUCUCAAGUGAACUUAAAGAGGUGAGAUGCUAGCAAUUGAUUCGGCUUUUCUUUGAUGAAGUCUGUCCAUAAACUUACUUUAGCCUUCAAAGUUGAGUAGCCUCUACCCGUGUUCAAAGUUAGAAUGUUCUUUUGCAUGGACAACCAACGACCUGCAUGGAUGAUUGAAAUCAACCAUGGAAUAUUUCUGAUAUUGAGAAAGAGAUUACUAGCAGUUCAAUCUUUGCCGUCAAAAGAUUUCCCGUUCGUUCGUUGCCGAGAGAAUAAGUUUACAACUUUCCAAUAGGUCUCGAAUUAAAGUGGUUAUAGUAGUUCUUGUCGUUGCAGCCAAUGGAUUGAGUCUGUUGAGGUUCGAGAGAAUAUUGUUAUGUUUACCACUAGCAGACAACAAUCAUGAUACGAUAAUAUUGUUAAGGUGACCUCCAAAGUUACAUCGAUAUUCGAUAAGUUCACAGCUGACUAAAUUCUCUCUUUGAAAGGUGUAUUGUCUUCAAAAACUCGUCCUUUUUAUUCUAAGCGUGCUUUUGAGGGCGAUAUGUCAAAAUAUCUCUUUAUGUAUGUGAAGACUUCGGUUCAUAUCAUUACCAGUGGCAACUUUGCGAACUAGUUUGUUCAAUAUGUAUAAAUUAUAGUUUAAGCACACGUUUCUUGCUCUCAAGGGGGGACCAGCGGAUGUCGUCAUAAGCUUAAUAUAUCACCUGCAUUUCACACAGCAAUCGGGAACAGCCGAUAAAAUUAGUGACACAUAUCACGUUUUCUUCAUAGGCACUUCAAUUAAGUCCUGAAUUGGUCACACUUAACGAGCUGCGUUCAGUCAGCGGAAUCCUCCUGUACUGGGUGGUCCUAUAAAAGGAAGUGUAAUUUGUAACCUCGUUCCCAGGUUUCUCUACCAGUAGAGAACCCUGCAAACGAGAUUGGUGUACUUUGUUGGCUUGGAUAAAGGUGUUUACUUGAGUGCUUUCUAAGUGACAGCCUUGAUCGCCUUUUAGUUCUCUAGUCGAAUGGUCACAAUUUUUUUAUCGCUAAGACAUGAAAACGCAUUUGUGCGCAUUCACAUGCUUAUGACUAAUGUCGCUUUGCAUUCCACAGGAUUAACAUUAAAACCGUUACAGUUGCCUUCGAUAGCAACAAAAUCUGCGAAAUGCCACCAACUUGUUCAAAGUCCGCCACACUGGAGCAGCUUGGGAUAAAAGAGACUGAUAUAUUCAAAAGUGAGCAUGUGCCAACGUGGGUCUCAAGCGACACUCGACCAGAAGUCAGUCUCUGUCAAGAUUAUGUAACAUCCACGAGUACAUGCGCAGUCGAAGACAACCGAUCUGUCCACUCGAAUUCAGAUGGCUCACCUGACAAGUCACCACGAACGAACAUUUUAUCGCGCAUGGCAAAAACUAAGGCCUCUUGGGUCGAAAACCAGAAGGUUCCAGAGUAUUUAACACAGAGAAGAAGUCCAAUUCUGUGCAAGGGUAGUCCACUGGGAAGUUCUUUGUUAACACCAUUCAUGGAAAGUAAUCUCUCAACGGAUAAAGCAACGAAGGGAUUUCGCGAUGGAAAGAAGUUCGAUUUAUUGCCGAUUUCAAAAUAUUUGGCUCAGUAUCGAGACGAGAGAAAAAUCCAUAAAGAGAAACGGUUGCCUCUUGUUCGAAUUAGUUCUUAUCACACCUACUGCGGGUGCAUGGACAACUUAGGAUUCUGGGAUUGUUCGGAGGGACAGCCAAACAGUGCCAAACAAAUGGCUACUUUCUUUACAACCAAAGACGUUUUUAAGCCAUAUCACGCUAGGCUGCUGCCUACUCGAGGCGAGGCCUUGUUCGUUGAACCUUCACAGGACAAGUUGAACGCUUACAUGACAAGGCGUGAGAUAAAGUUACCAAGACUUCACCGCACCGGUGGAAAUGAGACAUUUGUUACUGAAACAAGCGAUGGAUUGAAAACGAGGAACGGAGGACUUGACUCGAAGCGAAAUGUCUAUUUUCCUGUCAUAGUUAGUUAA